GAUCCCCUCUUUAAAACACUUCCUUUCGAUUCUUUCGAUCACAACAAAAAAAAAAACUUCGAUCUUUCUUCACAUAAUGGGAAACUACGUUUCUUCCACACUAAGCAAAACGUCGUCGUCUUCUUCUUCAUCAUCGGCGGCGAGAGUGAUUCUCCCGGACGGUGAAGUGCGUCACAUUCACGCGCCGACUAAAGCCGCAGAGCUAAUGAUGGAGAUUCCGAGCUUCUUCCUCGUUGACGCCAAGUCGUUGAAACUCGGCCGGAAAUUUAGCCCUUUAGCCGCCGAUGAUGAUCUUCAAAUCAGAGGCUGCCACGUCUACGUCGCUUUCCCUAUGACGCGUGCCACCUCAGCAGCUAACGCUUCGGAUAUGGCUCGGUUAUUCGUAGCCGCCAAGAAACAACAGCGCCGCCGUGUCGGAAAUCAUUCCUCCGGCGCCGGAACAGCUGUGAAACAUUGUCAUAACGGGAAGGUUUCGCCGGACGGGGAAGAAGAUGACGUCAGAAUGAUGAUAUCGGCGGGAUCGAAGCUGAAUUAGAAGAGAUUGAAGAGUUUUCGGCGGCGGAGUUUAUGCAUAGAAUCUCGAUUUCGAAAUCUAAGAAGCCAAAGUUAGAAACCAUAGCUGAAGAAUCUUUGUCUUAACGCAUACAAAAUCAAACAAACAUGGAAUUUUUUUUGUUUUUUUUUCUCUUUUUCAAACGUCGCUAUUUUUUUUUCUUUUAUCCUCGCUGCGCAAGUGGUUUCUCUUUUGUGGUAUUAAUGAACAGAAAGAGACAUUAGUCGAGAAUGAACAUAUUAUCUUUUCAUUUUUUUUUUGUCCAUUUUUUUAUGAUGAAAACUCAAAUUAUAUAAAUGAUGGAUUGAUGAUUUAUGCU